AUGGCAAUAGGCCGAUUCGAGGUCGGGGCUUCCAUUGUAUUAACGUUGGGUCAUUGUAAUCUUGACUGUCCAUUUAGUAAGGAUGGCAACAUGCCGUGGUGGUGGUGGAGUGGAGGUGAUGGUAAAAGAGAUGGAGAUGAAGGUGGUGGUGGUGAUGAAGGUGGAGUUGGUGAUUGUGGUAGUGGUGGUGGUGGGGAUGGCUAUUGUGGAGGUGGUGGUGGCGGUGGCAGUGUAAUGGUGGUUGUUGUGGUGUUGGUUGUGAAGGUGGUGGUGGAUGUGGAAAUGGUGGUAAUGGUAGUGUUAGUGGUGGUCGAUAAGGUAGUGAUUGUGGUGGUGGUGGCGAAGGAUGAUGAGGAUGAGGAUGAGGAUGUUGUGGUGGUGGUGACAAUGGCAGUGGUUGUGUACGUGGUGAAUGUGGUGGUAGAGGUGGUGCCUACUUUUAAAAGUUGCUAUCAAAAGGCCACUGCUUUUAAAAUAAUCUGGAUGUUUUAUUUUACUAAACACCUUAAACUGCUUAACUUUAAAGUGAAGCAGGUCGAAACAGUACAACAAGAGACAACAUCAUGA